AUGUCUUUUUGGAGAAACCUCAACAAAGAGAGAGAAGCAGCUGUUGGCUGCAGUGAUUAUGACGUUGCUCCUCCCGUUAGCGAGGCUUUCCCGGAGGAAAAGGAUUUGGACAGGACCAAAUCAUUGUUGGAGGAGCUCCAGUCCUGUGGGAUUUUUGAGGACAGUGGAGAGCUUCAGCAUAGAGAAGAAGUGGUUAAAAAACUGGAGUCACUCUACAAGGAAUGGCUGAAAGAAACCUGCAUGAGUCUGGACGUGCCUGAGGUGGUAACAGACAAAGUUGGAGGCAAGAUCUUCCCCUUUGGGUCUUAUCAUCUGGGAGCCGACUUCAAAGGGGCUGAUAUUGACAUCCUCUGCGUUGGUCCGGGCUUCAUUGAAAGGAAGGAGUUUUUCACUUCCUUCUAUAAUAAACUCAAAGCCCAGAAAGAGGUGAAAGACCUUCUGGUAAGCCACACACACAGCCUUACCGUCAUCAAACUCACCUAUGAUGGAAUCGAGAUGGACCUAGUAUACGCCAGGGUGAGUCGGAGGAGCAUCCCAGAGAAGAUGGACCUCCUUGAUGACAGGCUUUUGAAGGACCUCAAACCAGAGUGUGUGAGGAGUCUUAAUGGCUAUCGGGUGACAGAGGAGAUCCGCCAAAGUGUGCCAGAUGUGUCUACCUUUCAGCUGGCUUUGAGAGCUAUUAAGCUGUGGGCCAAACGCAGGAGGAUUUAUUCCAACAAGCUGGGCUUCCUCGGCGGGGUUUCUUGGGCAAUCAUGGUGGCGAGCAUCUGCAAAAUGUACCCCAACGCAUCAGCAUCGACUCUGGUGCACAAAUUCUUUGAAGUUUUCAGCAUGUGGAAGUGGCCGCGCCCAGUGUUGCUGAAAACUCUGGUGUACCUUGAUAAGAGCUUCGCAGUGUGGAACCCCCUGGACAACAAAGCUGACCGCGCCCACCUGAUGCCAAUCAUCACCCCGGCUUACCCCCAGCAGAAUUCGACCUUCAAUGUGUCCCGCUCCACGUUAGGCAUCAUGAAAGAGGAACUCCAGAGAGGAUACACCAUCACUGAAGCCAUCCAGGAAGGCAAAGAGAAGUGGGCCAAACUUUUCCAAACAUCAAAGUUCACGGAUCAGUACCAGCACUACAUCAAACUGCAGCUCACGUCGCCUACAGAGGAGAAGCAUCCUGAAUGGGUCGGACUGUUGGAGUCCAAAAUCAGGCACCUGGUGAAGACCCUGGAGAGGAUUGAAUACAUUUCCAGGGCCCACGUAAACACGGAGUCCCUCACUGCUCCUCCAACCAGAGAUGGAAAAAUCACCACUUCCUGGCUCAUCGGACUGCUCCUGGACCCGAAGGUGUACCGGCCCAGAGCAUUUAAUCUUUACUUUGAGCUAAAACCCUUCAGAUGUCAUGUCUACAACCUGUCUGAAACAACCAACAUGACAGAGAAUGGGGUGACUUUAUCGUCCCGGUACAUCCUGAAGGAGAACCAGACCUGGAGGGACCCUCAUCCGGGAAACAGGGUGUUCAGGCCAGCGGCGCCUGUUGUGAGACCGACUUCUUCAGCGGCUCCAUGCGGCGCUGUCAGACCAGCCAUGACUGGUAAAGGCUGGCCUAAACCGCUAGCUCUAAAGAGGAACCAGAGUUCAGUUCCUUCAACAAGCCGCCCGUCUGCCUCAGCCUCGGUGGGUCCACAGGGAACAAAGCGGCCUCUUCAUCAACAGCUGGAAACUUCAGCCAAGAAGAAGAGAUCUGAAGGCCAGCCCACCCAUCCUGUGUCCUCUCCUGCUGCAGAACGUGGAAACUCUGGUCCUUCUCAGAGCACAAAGAGAGUUUGUAGCUCUGAGCCUGAAACUCAGAGCAAGAAGCUCAGACCUGACCUCGUAAGUCAAACUCUCUCUAUCUAUUAA